AUGGCGGAAAACAUCAAAGUUAUUUGCCGGGUUCGACCGCUUAACGAAUCCGAGAAAGCCAGAGAUGAUAAGUUCAUCCUUUCCUUCCCCGGCGAUAGUAACCAAUCUGUACAUCUUGGCAAAACGUUCACGUUCGACCACGUUUUCCAACCAAAAUCCCAACAAGAGGAGUUGUAUGAAGUCGUAGCCAAACCUAUAGUGGCCGACGUUUUAAAUGGAUACAAUGGAACAAUUUUUGCUUACGGUCAGACGGCCAGUGGGAAGACAUUCACUAUGGAGGUCUCAUAUUUCGAAAUUUACCGGGACAAAAUUGGCGACCUCCUCGAUAUUUCCAAAACACAUUUACCCGUACACGAAGAUCAGAAUGGUGUCCCCUAUGUAAAGGGUGCCACAGAAAGAUUCGUAUCAACUCCCGAGGAAGUUUUUGACGUCAUUGACGAAGGGAAAGCAAACCGACACGUAGCUUCGACCAACAUGAAUGAGCACAGUUCGCGUUCGCAUUCAGUCUUCAUGAUCACAGUGACACAGGAGAAUUUGGAGACGCAAAAGAAGUUGCACGGGAAGCUUUACCUCGUAGAUCUGGCUGGCAGCGAAAAGGUCUCCAAAACUGGCGCCGAAGGCGCCGUCUUAGACGAAGCCAAAAACAUCAACAAGUCCCUAUCCACUCUGGGAAACGUAAUCAACGCGCUAGUUGAGGGCAAUUCCCACGUUCCCUACCGGGACUCAAAGCUGACCAGAAUCUUAAAGGAGUCGCUAGGAGGGAACGCUAAAACGACCAUUGUUAUAUGCGUAUCACCCGCCGAAUACAAUCGGGGUGAGACGAAUUCGACCCUCCUCUUCGGGAUGCGGGCGAAGUCCAUCAAGAACGUCGUGACUGUGAACGAGGAGCUGACUGCUGAUGAAUGGCGCCGACGUUAUGAACGUCUCCUG